AUGUCCUUCAAACGAAGCUAUAUAAUCGCCGCUGUCUUGGUCAAUGUCCUCGCUGUCGCGGUCACCUCGUCUGCUCGUGCCGCACCUGGCGGUGUGAAGCUCGCUGCAUUCCGCGAUGAGCUCGACCGCCCCGUCUAUUCCUGGACGAUCAGCGAGGAUGAGAAAGACCGCCUUACUGCAUUGCUCGAGACGGACUUCAACGAGGCUAAUGUCGCCGGAACAUACGUGAACGCUCCUCCUCAGGCUUGUUCUCACUGCGGCAAGGAGACCGAGUUAAUUGACUGCGUCUACCCUACCCGACCUGCCUAA